UGCCCGAAGCAAAUAAUGCCCGACUAAUUAAUAUUGACGCCCUUCUUUCUUCGCAGAUUCAGACGCUUGCUAACGUUAUCCAGGCAUCCACCAGCACUGAAAAUAACACUCACGGUUCAUCGAACUCAACACUCUUGGCGACACAUGAAUACUUGGUCGGAAAACGUAAACGAACUAAGAUAGAACCCCCGGAAGACGAUGUAAACGAAGGGAUCGAGCAAGCUGAGGAAACACCUAUAGCACCCGAGCAAGCUGAGAACAAGCCAGAAGACAAAAAGAAAAAGAGAAAGGCCAAAGCUGAAUUACCAGUACUUGCCUCCCGGGCUGUUCCUUACGAUAUCUUAGAUGAUCUCGCUGCUGCAAAGGCAAAUAUCACCAUCGCGCAAUUAAUUAAAACUUCGCCGGAGCAACGCAUCAAGAUGUCCAAAGGGGAUGAGACGACCCAUCAAAAAGAAGACGACGCGGAAGACAACCGGGAUGACCAGUCAGGCAAGGAUCAAAACUACCUCAGCUUGUAUAUCCAUGGUCAAAGGAAUCCUAUAAACCUCGAAUCUGAUACAGACGACUCUGAACUCUCCGAUGACGAAUCAACCGACAGCGAUGAAGAAUUCGAAGAACAACAACUGGAGAAUCGGAACUUUCUUUGUUGGACUGCCGAAAACUCUUGGACACAGAUACAAACGGUUAUCCGAAUGUUGGAUGAAGUUGACCUUGGAAGAAUACCCCGAUACAUGGCUAGGAGAAUACCAAAGGUUGACGACGUCUGUAUCUACAAGAAAGGAAUUCAAAUUAAUAAUAAGACAAUCGAUUGGGAGGAAUACGGCCGCUUAGAAAGAAAAUUUGACCAAAUCAAAUACCACAACUCAAAAUGGAAGUUCGACUGGAAAGGCCCGGCUGAAUACGAGGGCUCUUGUAAGGAUUGGUGGAUCAAGGUAGAAAACCAGCGACUCUCUGAUAAAAUUCCAAUCGUUGAAACCAAUGCGCAGUCCACACCAAUCCUCGAAGCGAACCAGAACACUGGCAAAGGAAAGGCCAAAAUCGAGUCGAAGGUUGAGGAGGCUGAAAUUGAAAUGGAAGCCGCGAUGGGAGAAGAAGUUGAUCCAAGACAGGGGUGUUCUGGUAAAACAAAUAACGAGGAAUGA